GAGGAAGCUGCUUUCUGUCAGAUACUGGGGAAUUCAGAGUUCUCUCUGCUGUCUAAAAAGGGAGAUGUCAUGAUUGGUGGAGCCUUUUCCAUCCACAGCAAAAUCACUCAACCUCCACUUUCUUUUACAGAAAAACCAACACGUCUCAUUUGUUCCAGUGUCAACCCCAGGGAGUUUCGAUUUGCCCAGACCAUGAUCUUUGCAAUUGAGGAAAUAAACAAAAGUGAAUUUCUUCUUCCCAAUGUUUCUAUCGGAUACCGUAUUUAUGACAACUGUGGCUCAACAUUAACGUCAAUGCGCGCAGUGAUGGCCCUAAUGAACGGUGAUGAGUGGAGUGUGGGAAAGAGCUGUACUGGUCAAUCAGCUGUUCAUGCUAUUAUUGGGGAGUCUGAAUCCUCUUCAACCAUUGUGCUUUCACGCACUACUGGACCAUUCAAAAUACCAGUGAUAAGUCAUUCAGCUACUUGUGAGUGUUUAAGCAACAGGAAAGAGUAUCCUUCUUUCUUCCGAACCAUUGCCAGCGACCUCUACCAAAGCCGAGCCCUCGCCCAGCUGGUCAAGCAUUUUGGCUGGACUUGGGUCGGGGCAGUCAACAGCGACAGUGACUAUGGCAACAAUGGCAUGGCCAUCUUCCUUGCUGCAGCUCAGGAGGAAGGAGUGUGUGUUGAGUAUACAGAGAAAUUUCACAGGGCAGAACCAGAAAAACUCAUGAAAGUGGUAGAAGUGAUCAGAAAGAGCACUGCCCGGGUCAUUGUUGGUUUCCUGGCCCAUGUAGAGAUGAACAACCUUCUACAGCAGUUGAGUCACCACAACAUCACAGGCCUGCAGUUUAUUGGUGUGGAGGCCUGGAUCACUGCUGACAGCCUUGUGACUCCCACCAGCUUUAGUGUUCUGGGAGGUUCACUGGGCUUUGCUGUACAAAAGGCCAAUAUCAGUGGCCUGGAUGAUUUUUUGAUCAAAGAUUUCUGGGAGACAGAGUCUGAGUGCAAGGAGACAAACCAGGACACGAUGACAGAAACUUGCAGAGAAAAACAGGAUCUAAUUGAGCUUAAAGAUUAUGAUGAUGAUGUGGCAGAGUUGAGAUACUCCAGCAACAUCUACAAAGCCAUCUAUGCUGUGGCUCAUUCUCUGCACAGCAUCCUAAAGUGCUCCAAAAGUCAGGGGUGUGACAAGACUGCAAAGGUUUCUCCCUGGCAGGUAGUGGAAUCUUUGAAUCAAGUGAAUUUUACCAUUAAAAAUGGGGACCAGGUGUCAUUUGAUAGCACUGGAGCAGCUGUGGCUCGGUAUGAGGUGGUGAACUGGCAGCAUGGAUCAGAUCGCUCAGUCCAGUUUAAACCUGUUGGCUACUAUGACGCCUCCCUACCUCCUGGACAGAAGUUUGUUCUCAAGACAGAAGCCAUAAUCUGGCCUGGAGGAAAGACAGAGUUGCCUGUGUCAGUGUGCAGUGAGAGCUGUCGUCCAGGAACUCACAAAGUCCUUCAGAAAGGAAAGCCAGUCUGCUGCUUUGACUGCAUACCAUGUGCAGAGGGAGAAAUCAGCAACAGCACAGAUUCUAAUGACUGCAGUAAAUGUCCUGAAGAGUAUUGGUCCAAUCAAAACAGAGAUGCAUGUGUACUCAAAAAUGUCGAGUUCCUCUACUUCACUGAGGUUAUGGGUAUAAUACUUGUAUUUUUCACUUUGUUUGGUGUUUUCCUUACUUUAACUGUGGCCACUCUAUUCUUGAUCAAUAAGGAUACUCCCUUGGUGAAGGCCAACAACUCUGAGUUGAGCUUCUUGCUGCUCUUCUCAUUGACUCUGUGUUUCUUAUGUUCAUUAACUUUCAUUGGAGCACCCUCUGAGUGGUCCUGCAUGCUGCGACACACAGCAUUCGGCAUCACCUUUGUCCUCUGUAUCUCUUGUAUUCUUGGAAAAACAAUAGUGGUGUUAAUGGCCUUUAAAGCGACACUUCCAGGCACUAAUGUGAUGAAAUGGUUUGGGCCUGCACAGCAGAGACUCAGUGUUCUGGGCUUUACUCUCAUACAGGUUAUAAUUUGCAUACUUUGGCUGACAAUCAACCCUCCUUUUCCCUUCAAAAAUAUGAAACUCUAUAAAGACAGGAUUAUACUAGAGUGUGCCCUGGGUUCACCUGUGGGGUUCUGGGCUGUGUUAGGUUACAUAGGACUCCUUGCUGUCCUAUGUUUUAUACUUGCUUUUUUGGCUCGAAAGUUACCCGAUAAUUUCAAUGAAGCUAAAUUUAUCACCUUCAGCAUGCUGAUUUUCUGUGCAGUGUGGAUCACUUUUAUCCCAGCAUAUGUCAGCUCUCCUGGGAAGUUCACUGUGGCUGUGGAGAUAUUUGCUAUUUUAGCCUCCAGUUAUGGAAUACUUUUCUGUAUAUUUGCACCAAAAUGCUUUAUUAUUGUACUCAAACCUGAACUAAACACAAAGAAAUAUCUGAUGGGGAAAAUGCAAUACAAAUAA